AUGACGUCUUCUGGUGAGAGCUUUCCUGGUACUGACGUUGGCAAUGCCACCGAAUAUCUUCUUGCGGAACUUCUAAAGGUUGUCAAGGAUAAGAUUGCCACUGACGAUUCAGCGACCGAUUGGGAUCCGAUUACCUUUGCAUUCACGGUGCCGGUCGGCAUCUUUGGUAUCCUGGCCACCUUGUUUGCAUUUGUUACGAUCAUUCAAGGCAUCUUCGCGGCCAGUCCAGGGCGCAGAAAGUCCAGUCGUCGGGUCAUUGGCAAAUGGGCCGAGACAAGAUGGACCACUGUCCUUUGGGACGAAUUGCGGACUACAACCUUUGUCAAGACUCCCAUUCUUCGGGCCGAUUCACUGUACGAAGCGCUACAGGUUCAGAUAGAGUCGUUGGGAGCAGAAACGAAAGAGUCUCUCGCACCUGUUGGAAAUAUUCAAGCACGUUCGAAUCCAAGAGCUAUGGUAUCUACUGAGAAACAUGUCGGCACCGGUGGCGCUACCCAAGCCAACUGGGUAAAACUUUUGGCUCAAUUUCACUUGGAUGACAUUGAAUUUCGUGAGGAAGAUUUGGAGAUCACUGCUACGGAUCACAUUCCUGAUGAGCUGCGGUCCGUAUACGCCUACACUGAUAUCCGCACCAUGGUAGCUCUUGGGGCAAUUGCCGGUGCGUCAAAUCUAGAACCCGAGUCUGGCUCAAGUUACCCUAUCUUGAUUGGAACCGAGACUCAGAUCGACUUUCGGCAACAUCCGCUACUAGGAACGGUAGUAGCUUUCUCCCAAUACGGAAAACAACGGCGUCAAUUGAAGGAAAUCUCUUCAUACUCGGGAAUGUCAAGCCGAGCCCUCAUGAUGGCAUUACAACACAGCAAUGCUGAAGUGGAAUAUACUCCGCCCAACGCCAACAGCAAUGUAUUUGGCUCACCUCGCCCCAGUGUUGAUAGUAUACAUGUCAUUAGCGCAGUCGACAGCGAUGAACUGUAUAAAGGAACAACACCGCAGCAAGCCAAGGAAAUCAUUUACGGCAUCAGGGACUACAAAUACUCUCGGGAAUGGCACAAUCACGAGGACUGUUUAUGUCGCUGUGAAGGCAAUUGGUAUCGUUUUGCUCAUCGAAACCUUUUCUGGAUGUUCGUGGCAAAGGCUCCUCGCGAACCACCUCGUGUCUUUCCAUCAAGCUAUGUGGCAAUCCGCAAAUCUCUCACAACGCUCUGUCUCCAGAGCCGUUUCUGGUCUCAGCCUAGAGUCAACCAGUCUAUCCACUUUCUGUACCAUCCAUUGUCCUCGACCGAAUUGCCAGAAAGGUUUAAAGAUAAGCUUGAUGAGUUUCGCGGACAACUCGGCAGCUAUGGAGACACCAUUUGCCAGAAUUGUCUACAAGUCUUGUCCGGCAAUAGCGAGAGUGUGAGAGGGGCCUGGCUCCUAGAGUACUUCAAUACAAUACAUGGCUUGCUUGAAGAUCUGGACUCGACCUUGGCCAUCUUGCCGAUUGAAGUGGUUGGAUGUCGCAAAGCGAAUUUGUUUCUCACCACCUUGAUUCUUCGGGAGAUCAGUUGUGGGAUCGAAGAUGGGAAUUUUAAAACGUCAAAUCUGAGUUCCUGGAGGUAUUUGACCUUGUCAGAUACCCAGCCAUUACACGAAAUACACACUGCCGAUGGGACCAUCAUGCAAGAGCACUUAUAUGAUCUGAGACAGCUCGAUAUGUUUCUUUCACGAGCAAAAUAUCGUCAGGAAAUCGAGACGUCCAGUAGCCUCUUCCUCCUCACCAAUGAUGGCUUGCGUAAUCUGGAUGCUGAUCAAAUACUCUCACGUCUGAAAAUGAUCGUAAGACAAUGUGCCGCCACAGGACACUUGUUGCAAAAAAUGGAGGAGGGCAAAGUAUACAAUGAAGAUACAUGGGAAAGAGACCUCUACGAAAUUGUAGAUGACAUCAUCAUCUGGAAAACAAUCUUGAUAGGCGUCCUUUUCUGUUCUGCGCCCGACAACAGCACGAUUUUCCAGUCGGCUGUCUGGAACCACGUUAUUCCACUACUUUGA